CAGAUAGUGAUAAAGAUGACAGUGAAGAGCUGCCAUCGUGGGCUGACAUGCCUCAGGAGAUUUUGCUGGACAUCUUCUCACGUCUGAACGCCCGCGACCUCUCGAUCUGCGGCAGCGUAUGCAAGAGUUGGUACAACAUCUCUCGGGAGCCGGCCCUCUGGAAAGAGCUGAGGCCUGUACACUGGGCACUGGGAUUAUGGGACCACGUUCCACUGUGGCCAGACCCUUAUAAUGAAAGCAAGGAAGGAAAAGGGCACACUGAUGAAGACGCAGAUUUUGAUGAAUCCAGCGGUAGCUCGUCGGAUGAAGAUUCACCUUCAAGUCCUUCAGCAGACACCUUGAGGCGGGAAGCGACUGUGCUGAAUUGCCUCGUCAAGUAUCUCCUGCCCGUCGUUGGAAGUGGAGUCCGAAAAAUUGUACUUUCUACUUCUCAUGUCCUCAACAGCCGCCAGUUAAGAUCCAUUCUGAAGCUUUGCCCCAGUGUUCAUCACCUGGACAUCUCGUACACUAGCAUUGGGGACACAUCGUUCAAGGGGCUCGAAGAACAUGGCGCAUGCUCCCAGCUUGAACACGUUGACUUGUCCGGUUGUUCCAUGCUGACGGACGUUGGCCUGUCUCGACUGGCACAAUGUCUGCUGCAGCCGCAGGGAGUCUUGGCGAUAGGUUGCCCCGCAAGCUUGAGGCAAGACAGUCCCAAACGCCAUUGUGAUCUGUACAACACUGGCAGUUCACUGUUCUCAAAUCUGUCGUUUAACUCUCUGGAUGCAUGGGACACCCCCACAGGGGCCGUGAGUCAGUCCGCCUCUGUCGUGGUACACGGAAGAAGUCGGUUUUGCGACAAUUGUCCAUUCAGGAGCCAUUGCAGCGGUGUCGUUAACGUCCUGUCGGAGUUGGACCUCUCCGACUCUGAUGAAACGUCGCUCAACCAGUCAACGAAACAGAACGUGACGCAGGAAGGUUUGACCAGCAUCGGUGGACUGAGACACCUGAAUCUUUCGGGGUGCUUCAACAUCACAGACAGUGGGCUCCUAUUUCUGGCCAACUGGGACUUGCUGAGCCACCUCGAGUACCUUGACGUUUCGGGAUGUUUUCAGCUGACUGGUGAAGGCCUAAGGGAACUCAUGCUGGGCACUCCGCGCCUUCAACCUACAAAUCUCUUCUACUGCGACUACGUUGACAACGGCCCGUUCCAGGACACCGCGAACGGUUGCCAGAAUCUGCAGUGCUUUUCACGAGCGUGCUGUCAGUCAGGAGAGUAAGUUGUUGGUAGGUGAUCCAUGCGAAACGAUAAUCUGUUUUAGCCAAAGCUUUGAAUGUGAUGUAAAUAAGAAAAGCAAGAAAUUGGCAGACGAAGUGCGAUUUUAGAUGGUACUGCGCAGGCAGCCAGAGCUGGUGAGUAACUUAGAGCUCGGGAAGAGCAGUAAAAUGGAAGAAUUUGUGAAUAUUGGCUCAAGCGAAUGUUUAGUAAGCAAAAGAUGUGUUAGAAUAUGAAGAUGCUGAACAUGUGAGAACUGACAGCCAAAGAAAAGGUUGUAUUGCCUCUAAGGGUUCUGCAUCUAUGAAAAAAAAAAGAAAGCAUCAAUUAGGUGGUUGUUAAUGUCAUUACAUGACGGAGAAUUAAAGCAGCUAGGUACACUAACAUUCAUCAGUUGCAUAAACAUUAGUUAACAAACAUUGUGUCGUACAUAUGAACAUUAGAGGCCCGAUUGACACAUGCUUGUACUUUUUGCUUCUUCUAAGCUGCUUGUAUAUAUUAGUGAAACUCCAGUUGUUACAAAGCACAUACGGGCUAUAUUCAUUUUCAAAUUUGUCAUUUGUUCAUGUCGUGUUUGCAAACUUAACUUGGAUACUUAGGUUCGAGGUGAUUACGCUGGUGGCAACGUAACUAAAAAGUUGCGCUAGAUGAUGCAAGCUCGUUGAGCGAAAAGUGGGCGGCAGAUUCAACGACCUACGAAGACAGUAUAAAGUGCUAACUUUUGCUAGAUUGAUGUGCAAUUUGCCUACAGAUGUAAACAAAAAUGUUCAAAUCGGCCUGCUGGAAGUGGGAUGCAAAAAAAGGUGACCUAAUAUGUGGGAGCUUUCUGUGUGCCUAAGGAUGGAACAAGAAGGCAUGUGGCUUCUCUGCAAAGCUUUCUGGUCGUGAGGUAUUUGCCUUUCAGCGUUGUGGAAUCUGCAAGCAAUGGCGGUUACACUGAAAUCUCAUUAUAACAAAAUUGCAUCUUAUAAGAAGUUUGUUAUAUCCGAAAGUUCAGUAUAAAGGUGAUUUCUAGCACUAUAUAUUGCAAGAUUAUUUUUCGUUUACUUUGCUAUAACCGAUAUUUUCUUAUAUCUGUCUUUGUUAUAUCGAGGUUUGUGGGUGUUUGAACAUCCCUUCUUCUCUACAAAUUAGUCAUUUCUCUGACUGCUGAAUGAAAACUGAUAGCUUACAGUAAUAAAAAUCUUUUAAGGCUGUGCAUACGUUGGCACAUUGCAUGAGAUAACUAUGCAUAUUGUGCUUUCAGAAGGAAUGAAAAUGUAUUGUUUUGAAUUGGCGUGCAGUGUCUAAAUACACAGUUAGUGGGAUUACAAUGCUAUAGUGACAUGGACAAGAAAAGCUAUGAGGAUUACUUCUCACGUUGAAUGUUAGCACCCAUUCUGGUCCUUUUCAUGCCACUUCAGUUCUGACCAUUUAGCACAUAGAGCUUUUCCUUGUUUUCAAAGACACAAAUGGCAUCAAAUUCUCACGCCAUAAUUGGAAAGAGAAAUUGAAUUGUUGCUGUUGCUGCUGCAGUGUUCGGUCACGUUCGAAGAGGCAUUCAUUCUGUACUCACAAUUGUUUGCUAGUAAACAGAUUUCACAACGAGUUUGACAUCACGAUGGGACGGGUGAUCGUACGGUGAUAAUAUUUUUCAGCUUCUUUUCCAAUUUUCGCCGCUCCAGCUUACGCAUUCGUAGUCUCUAUCAACCUGCCUUUCUUGUAUCUAGUCAUUACUAGUAUUUAAUAUUGCAGUGAAUGCUAUCUGAUUUGUGGCAGUAUCGCCGGAAUUCUGGGCUGAAAGCCUCUCAAGUGCGCACCUGGUGAGAAGGUUUUAGGGCAAUGUUUAAUAAAUCACAUUGCUAUGCUUGGCUAUUUGGUGCUUAAGUAACAUCGUACUCUCUGGAGAGGGAUAUAUUACUAGUUUUUGUUUUGUUUUUCAAAUUUAUAGAAUUUUUUUCAUCUGUUGAUAGAGGGAAGAGUGAGAACUGUUCGUAAUGUAUCAGCAUGACAAUACUAGCUGUCUAUAGCGGUCACCCAAAAAGCAUAUUGGCUACCUUGCUGUUGUCGAUGUGUCAUAAGCUACUCCGUCACAUUAGCUGUCCUUCACAAGAAAGCAGGUUGAGCGUUAAUAUGUUUGUGCUUUAGCACUCAAGUUGACCUUGAAAUAUCAUUUAUAGCAGCUUUAGCUUCUUUCUCUGCGGCAUUCCACUUGAGUCAUGUUACAUCACGUUGCAGAAACAUUGCUUUGUCUUGGUACGCACCUGAAAUGCAGGGACACACAGAGACAUGGGGUAACACUGGGUAUGUGUGCUUCUUGUGUACUUUUAUGUGCGUCUUCCAGCUGUGAAGUAUAUGUUAAAAAUUAUUAAUCAACUAAUCGAAGUCCUCACAUUCGGCCUGUUGCGAGUGUCAUAACUGAUACAAAUUUUAGCACGCUACAGUCUACUUGCAGAAAGUUGCAAUCAGUGCCGGUUGAUUUGUCACAAUGAAGCAGAGUAGACAAAAGAUUACGAUGUACAGGAAGCAGGGGACAACAUUGUCCUGAGACUGCCUUCAUAUACAGGCAGCGUUGCAUUUAAGUCCUCGUUCUUGUAGUAUCGAUAUUAAGUCUUCGUUUGAGUGGUGCUUGCUGGAGAUGCAAAUUUAAAAAAAAAAUUAAUUUGGAAGAUGGGAAUAUUCUGACCCCUGAGAACUGACUCGCAUCUCCUCAUCUGAUCUCUCAGCGACGCAAGCUUUUCUAAACUAGCAGGGUGAUGUGUUGCUUUUAUUCUGGAUGGUAGUAUUGCACACAAUUCGUGUGCAGUGUUGCAGGGCACUCAUUAAUCAUAUUUCUUGGCAAUAACGACAUACCUUAGUACAGAAUGCCAGCAGUUAUUAUGUAUAACCCCAGGUAUCCACACAACCUAACAACUCAUCGAGCAACAGCUUCUGCAGUGUUUUUCACUGUUUCUUAUUUACUUAAUGACAAAUGGACACACAUGCUUAAUAUGCACCUUUGGAGUGUGGUCAUUCUUUAGCACAGUUAUUUCUGUCGACAUCUUGCUGCUGGCCGCUGAUAGCUCAAUGCAAAUAAGACUUGUCAGAUUAUUAUGUCGCCCUCAAUAGGUGUUGGCAAGUUUUAGUUCCACAUUUUAGCAUAGCUCACGCAUCAGCACAGGAAAAGCAAUCAAAUAAGAGGCUGCACAAGUGAUCAUAACUCCUAUAGCUUAGCCUUCUUGCUUUGUGAAUGUGAGCAGGGAUAUUUACCUCACUAAACCGUAAAGUUUUGCAUCAUUCAACCAUAUGUUGGGUCUUUUUCUAGACUUAUUAGCUCCCUGCAAAAAUUUUCACAUUUUGUUGCUUGUACAGUGUUCGUCUUUCGAUUUGUAUUGUGGAAUGUUCCAGCGUUUACAGAAAUGUUGCCCUAGUCUGUGCUUGUGAGAAGUGUAUCUCUGGAAGUCUGUCUCAUAGAAAGCCCGAGACCAAACUUUCCUAAACUUUCCAUACUGAUCUUAAAAAAAGCAUUUUCGCUGUACAUAGUGUAAAUAGCAGCGCUAACAUGUUAUGCGCUUUUUUUGUUAGUCUUUGUGUGGCACAUGUUUUGUUGAAUGUGUUCUGUGAUCUACUAGUGUGAUUCUCGCUACAGGUAUCCACUAUGUAUUCUCUCUCUUCUGAUCUCUUUCUUCCACAGUUUGACUUGACUUAGAUACUUGCCAUUCAUGAUACUAUUCUUGUACAUGUAAGAUACGAGUGAUUCUAAUUAGGUGCGGCAUUGGGAAGCAUCUAGCACUUUUUUGAACUUGUACACUCUUGUUACAGUGUUAUGAUUUGCUUUAGUUCUGUGCAGUAAGCUUAGCCAUGAGACAACUUCAUUCAACAGAAAAACCAACCUCGCAGUAUAAGGUAAAUAUUGCGUGCUGAACGACAGAGAAUGUGCAUGUAUUGGUUAGAGCAGUGGUUCUCAGCCAUGGCUGUGUCGGGGACUCCUUGUAGACUGGUAGAAGUGAUGGGGGACCGCCUGCAGCAAAGGGCAGGGAGGGGGGUUAUUGCUACCAAAAACAUCAAACAAACGUGCCACAUCACUUCAUUUUGGACAGUUUAUCAAUACGUGGCACACUCACGCUUGAAGCAAAAAUACGGGUGGUGGAUUCGCGGAUCAUAGAAAUGGCUUCACCGGACCCCAUUUGAGAACCACUGGUUUGGAGGAUUCUAGCCGUAGAGAAGGAAAGCUUUUGUGGGGAUGAUAUAGGGAUAGAGCAUCAGUGUUACACACCCACAAUGUUCCGUGUGCAAAUGCAGCUACAUGAAUGCACGCUGUAUUUUAUCUCGGUGAUUUGUUACUGCAUUGGCUAAAGCAGCAGCUUAUGCAUAGUAACAAGUCGCGUGCAGUAGAUUUUUUGUAUUUUAUUAUAGCAGGCGCCUUUAGACACUCAGUGUUAUGACCUCAUUGCUCUUCAUUGUUCAGCAUUGUUGUCUUAUGGUUUCUUCUGUUAAUGGGCAGGGGUGCUUCCUUGCAUUGUAUUCUUCGUGUGCUGUAUUUGGGCUAAUAUACUAGUGCAUUGCCGUAUCAUAUCAUAUUGGCCAUUAAAUGGAGACUUGUGUACAAGUCACUGGUUAGGGGUCACGUUGGACCUUAGCACUCCAAUUAUGGAUGGAUUGACAUAACUUGAAAUGUACCACAGGUAGACGUAGUCACCAUAUCUGACUAAUGUCUCACUGAAGAGUUUUAUAGUUGCCUAAGCUCUGUAGAUCGUUGGAUCUUUCUGCUACGUGGUUUUAUCUUCUGGCUGCCAGUAUUUCUGAUAAAUUUCCACUUUGUUGCUGAACACUGAUCUGUUAUGUGGCUGUGGUCACCAUUUAUUUGGCUCUUCAAGACCCGUCUUCACUUCAGCCUAAUUUGAGCUAGACCUAUGAUGGAAAAAAAAAAAAACGUGUCUCAAGGUAAUGUAUAAAUCGGUAAAUUGGAGAUGUGACAAAACCUGACUUAUGUAAUUGGAAGUCAGUCAUUUGGUUCAUGGUAAUGCACGGGUGUAGCCACUGUCAUGGUCCAAAUAAAAGUGGAUAGAGUGCAAAAUCAAC